CACUCACACUUCUGCUGGAACCAGACGUUUACCGGCAUUAUUAAUAAGAGAAGAGGAAUCAGGGCAUCCGCUAUGAGGGGAAGGAUGGGGGUUAAACAGGGGCAGCUAAAAGGUGAAUAAGAGGAGGGAAAGAGCGUCAGAGAGAGGAAGAGCAACGGGAGGAGAGUGGAAUGGAGGGAGGGAUUAUAGUGCUAAAUAAGCUGCCCUCUCUUCUUUCGCAUCUCAGUCUGUGAGCAGUGGAGCACAGAGCGAGCUCUGGUAGAGCAUUCCCGACGUGUACACCUGUAAGCCCUAUUCAUUCAUUGGGGGAUGCAGCGUUCAUGUAUGAAUGGCAGCGACGGCGUUAUCUGCAGCAAAGGGUGUUUGAAAUCUGUCCUGACGAUCAUUUGAGCCGGGAGGCAGAGGCAGCGGAGGAGAAGGCGACAUGCAGAGAAGUGGAUGCUGAGCUGCUCCAGCUUGCAAUUAAGCCGUGAGGCCGGUAACAGAAUUUUGGAGGCACCGCUGGGAUCAGCAUCUGACGAGGGGUGAUGCUGAUCCAUUAACCCACCAGCCCAGGACGGAUGUCACGGGACCAGCCAGAGGUGCAACAGGCAGGCGACUGAGGCAGCGACGGUACCACGGAUGACAGAGGGGAACCCCAGCUGGAGGAGGGCUGUGCUGUUUGCUCGGGGUGGCUGGACUGUGUAACUUCGCCGGUCAAGAGACAAAAUGGAGCAUCAAGAGAGAAGAGGACUGAAAUGGAAGAUAAAGAAGAGUCUUCAUAUGCUGACUGUGGAGGAACUCUUCCAGAUAGUUGAGAACAUCACGCCAGUUGAAGACCUUGACCCUUCAAUGGUCACAUCAGGUGAUGAGGAAAGUUGUUGUGAAUAUAUAUAUUCUUACAUGAACAGUAAAGCUUUGUUGGAUUUAGAAGAUCAGGGGUUUUCCCACUUGCUGAAUUUGAGAGAUGUUAUUGCUGAUCUUAUUGCUAGUAGAGUUAAUCUAGUCUGUCAACCUACAGUGCUAGGAGAGGAAGUUGUUACGUUGACACCAGUAUCCACACCCACAGUAACGGUUGAACAGACAAGAACAGAGAGUAAUAUCACAGACACAUUUCCAGUUGAGUCUGCCGACCCACAAGCAGCAGAUUAUGAAAAGCUAAUGGCUAACUAUAAAGCUCUGGGAAAGAAGUUAGCUGAGUUUAAGGCACCACCAGCACAGCCGACACUUACCUCUACUGCUACACAGCCAUUAGGCUCCAGACCUGCAAGUGGAGCACAUGGUCAGCGCACAACAGAUCCAAAACACAACAUGCCUGAUACUAUUGUCUCCCUAAGAGACCUUCCCCUUCUUCAGCGCAGAGAGUUUAGAGUGUAUGGGGGUCAAAUUGGGGAUAAUGUAUCAGACAUUACUUACCAUGGAUUGAGCAAGCAGAUUGAUGAGGGUCUCAAAGCAAACCACACAGAGGGAGAGAUCAUCCAAGGUGUUUUUCGUAUCAUUAAACCUGGACAGUUUAAAGACAUGCUGAUUAACAAAGAUGAUCUAACACUGGCUGAGCUUAGAAGUUUCCUGCGCUCUCAUCUCAGUGAAAAGAGUGGUAGUGAGUUAUUUCAGGAGUUGAUGAGCACCAAACAACACGAACAGGAGAAUCCACAGCAGUUCCUGUACAGGAUGAUAGGACUGAAACAGAAAGUUAUGUUCGCGUCCAGACAAGAUAACUUAGACAUAGAGUAUGAGCCCCGCACAAUACAGAAUGUGUUUUUACGUACCAUUCACCAGGGCCUUCUCCCCAAAUACAGUGAUAUUCGUAAUGAACUCAAGCCUCUCUUGUCAGACUAUACUGUGUCAGAUGAAGCUUUGAUCAGACAAGUCAACAAGGUGUCCAGUGAAGAGAGUGAGAGGCAACGUAGACUUGGACAUGUCACCCGACAAAAGGUAACGCACGCUCACGCCGCACAGCUAGAGCCUGAUAAAAACGCUGAAAAACAAUCUGACAAGACCAAGAACCAGAACAAGGUAAUAGAAGAGCUGAGUGCAAAGCUGGAUGCUCUGACUAAAGUGGUUGAAGCCCUCUCAGCCGUCAAAAGGCCAGAACCACCGUCAUGUCAGUGCGGCCAAAAUAAGCCAAAGCCUAGGCAAAAUCCAAAACAAUAUGGCUGCCCUGGGUGUAUUCAGAAAGGUAACCACUGCUUCAGGUGUGGGGAGACGGGCCACAGGGCAGUGGGAUGUAUGAACCGAGGUCAAGCUGUGAACGUGACCCAGUCAUUGGCUAAUGCUCACUCAUUAAACAGCAGCAGAGAGCAGUGUUCUACCGAGUCUGUGUUGAAUGCAGGUGAAACAGCUAGUGUUAAAACAAACUGUGUAGCUUCGUCACUCACUAACACAGAGUCUGAAGCAAAAGAAAGAGUAGCUCAGCUUGUGGGAAGAAAAUGUAAGAUCAAGUGCUACAUUAAUAGCUAUGCAAUGGACUGUAUAUUAGACAGUGGAGCCCAAGUGAGCAUUCUUGAGCGUCAGUGGGUGAAAACCUACCUCCCUGACCACAAAGUGCGACCAUUAACUGAACUCCUAGGCCAGCAGGCUCUCAACGUAUUGGCUGUUAAUGGUCAGUCUCUGCCAUAUGAUGGUUGGGUUGCGGCAAGGGUGACUCUCCCCGAUAACAGUGACCCAGAUCUCUCCAUACAAGUCCCAUUCUUGGUGAGCAGUGUACCUAUUGACCUCCCCCUGAUUGGUUUCAACGUCAUCGAGCAGUUGAUCCUGGGGCCAAAUGAGAAUGUGAGCCUUAUACCUACCAUUGUGCAUCUCCUCCGUGGUGCCAUGAAUAUCCAGGAAGACAGAGCGACUGCUUUGGUCAGCUUCAUCCAGACAAAGAGCAGCAAUGUUGACCACGUCAGUCAAGGUGUGCUGAAAGUGGGCCUGCGUGAUGUCAUCAUUCCAGCUGGCCAUGUCAGACAUGUAAAGUGCAAAGUACCACCUACCCUUGACAUCUCCAACCCACUCCUGUUUUUUGAGCCUUGUGAGAGCAAUCCGCAGUUACACCAGCUGGAUGUGGGCAGCAGCCUGUUAGAGGUUUGUCAGGCUAGGGUCCCCUAUGUGAAAGUUCCUAUUGGUAACCACACGAAACAUGAAGUGACUCUGUCCUGCAAAUCUGCUCUGGGAAGCAUAGAGCCAAUUUCACGGAUUAUAGAAACAGAUGAACGAAACCUAACUAACACUAGUGUCACUUCAGAAAACAGCAGACAAGACUCAACUGAACCGGACAAAGAGAGUGUAAAGACACUACAGUGGGAUCCCCCUGUUGAUGUCACCCACCUCAGUGAUGAGCAGCAGAAGAUUGUGAAAAAGAUGUUACGAGAGGAAGCAGGAGCGUUUGCACGAGGUGACGAUGAUGUGGGCUGCAUACGUAGCCUGGAAAUGUCCAUCACCCUUAAAGACAGUACACCUGUCCAAAAAUCCUACGCUUCCAUCCCCAAGCCUCUGUACAAGGAAGUGAAAGAGUACAUCGAGGAUCUCCUGGCCAGAGGAUGGAUUGUGAAAUCCAAAUCUCCGUAUUCAGCGCCGGUGGUCUGCAUUCGAAAGAAGGAUGGAACGCUCAGGCUUUGUAUUGAUUACCGCCUUCUGAACCAACGCACUGUCCCUGAUCGCCAUCCCCUGCCCAGAAUUCAGGACCUUACAGACACAUUGGGUGGGUACAGUUGGUUUUCCAUUCUUGAUCAGGGAAAGGCGUACCACCAGGGGUUCAUCGCAGAGGGGUCCCGUCACCUAACGGCUUUUAUCACCCCCUGGGGUCUCUACGAGUGGGUGCGGAUCCCCUUUGGACUGACCAAUGCGCCCGCUGCGUUUCAACGCAGCAUGGAAGAAAUGCUAGCACCCCUUCGAGACGAUUGUUGUAUACCAUAUCUGGACGACAUCUUAUGUUACACCAAGACAUUUGAGGACCAUGUUGAAGGUCUGAGAAAGGUCCUUAGAGCCCUGCAGAGUCACGGAGUCAAGCUCCGACCAACUAAGUGUGACCUGUUCAAACGAGAAGUAAGAUAUGUGGGACGCUUGGUUUCAGCAGAGGGUGUGCGUAUUGACCCCAGAGACCUGGAGGCGGUCCGUUCUCUGAGGACUGAGACACCUGCUACCGUAGGAGACGUGCGGAGGAUUGUGGGGUUUUUGAGCUAUUACCGCUCAUAUAUCCAAGGGUUCUCCAAGAUGGCCGCUCCAAUAUAUGAACUCCUGCAACCGAGCCGAGCAAAAGACGAACAGCAUCAGAGAAAGUCAGGGAGACAGAAGGGAAAGGGGGCUCAGUUGCCAUCACGAACUCCUGUGACCUGGACUGAACGACACCAAGAGGCAUUGUGUAAACUGAUUGAUAUGUUAACCAACCCCCCUGUUCUUGCUUACCCAGAUUUUGAGCUUCCAUUCGUGCUUCACACAGAUGCCUCCGAUAAGGGACUUGGAGCUGUCCUUUACCAGAGCCAGCAGGGAAAGCUAAGAGUAAUCGGGUACGGCUCAAGAACGUUGACGCCAGCUGAAAGAAACUACAGACUCCAUUCAGGCAAGUUAGAGUUUCUCGCCCUUAAAUGGGCUGUUUGCGAGAAGUUUAGGGAUUAUUUGUUUUAUGCCCCGUACUUUACCAUCUACACGGACAAUAAUCCCUUGACAUAUGUCAUGAGCACUGCCAAGUUGAAUGCAGUUGGUUUCAGGUGGGUGGGAGAACUGUCAGAUUUUAGAUUCGACAUUCGUUACCGACCCGGCAAAAUCAAUGGUGACGCCGACACAUUGUCAAGAUGUCCUCUUGACAUCAACAAGUACAUCUUAGAGUGCACUAAGGAACUUCCAAGAGAUGCUGUCGCUGCUACCUGGGAAGGUUGUGGAGCAGGCAAGCGUGGAGAUGUAGCCUGGAUCGCUGCCAUGACUUUGACACAGGGUGAGCAGCCUGAACCAAGUAACAGAGAAGCCCUACCAUCCAUUGAUCUGACUGGUCUGCGAAAGGCUCAGCGAACAGAUCCAGCUAUCGGUGUAAUAGUGAACAUGAAAGAGUCAAACACAACACCAACGAAUGACGCAAAACGGGGUAUGAGAGGCACUGUCAAAAAAAUGAUGCAUGAAUGGACUAAGUUUCAUCUCGAAGAUGGGAUUCUCUACCGUAAGACUGCAGAGAGACACCAGCUAGUCUUGCCUGCCUGUUUCAAGUCUUUGGUCCUCAAGCACCUACAUGACAAUAUGGGCCACGUCGGAGUUGAAAGGGUCCUCAGCUUAGCAAGGCAAAGAUUUUAUUGGCCCUACAUGAGGCGAGAGAUUGAAGUUUAUGUCACCAGACAGUGCCAGUGUAUAAAGCAAAAGAAGCCAGUGACGCACAUACGAGCCCCAAUGUCCAACAUAACCACGUGUUCACCAAUGGAGCUCGUUUCCAUCGACUAUCUACAUUUAGAGCCAAGUAGAGGAGGCUACCAGUAUAUUCUAGUUGUAGUGGACCACUUUACUAGGUAUGCACAGGCCUACCCCACACGCAAUAAGUCCGGAAAGACGGCAGCGGAAAGGAUUUUCAAUGAUUACAUUCCCAGAUUUGGCUACCCCUUCAAACUGCACCAUGAUCAGGGGCGCGAGUUCGAAAAUGAACUCUUUCGGACAUUGCAACAACUGAGUGGAGUGGGAAACUCCCGGACAACCCCUUAUCAUCCCCAGGGUAACCCGGCUGAACGGUUUAACCGUACAGUUUUGCAAAUGUUGCGGACCCUGGGUGAGGAGAAGAAAGAAAGAUGGAAGGAUUACCUCCCUCAGAUCGUUCAUGCUUACAACUCUACACGCCACGAAUCGACGGGGUAUUCGCCGUUUUUCCUUCUUUUUGGCCGACACCCACGAUUGCCUAUUGACCUGCUAUUCAGAAUGUCCACUGAUGAAGAGCCACAGACUUCGCGAAGCUACGCUGAGAAAUGGGCUGAACGUAUGAGUGAAGCUUAUAAAAUUGCUUCUGAAAACAGCAAAAAGUCCGGUGCUCGUGGCAAGAAACAUUAUGACCAACAUACAAGAGUAGUACUGCAGCAGGGAGAUCGUGUCCUGGUCCGAAACUUGAGUGAACGGGGAGGACCUGGAAAGUUAAGGUCAUAUUGGGAACACACCAUCUAUGUGGUUAAAGAGCAGAUUGGUGACAACCCAGUGUACAAGGUGGUUUCAGAGAGGGAUGGAAGCAAGUCACGAGUUCUACACCGUAAUUUGUUGCAUCUUGUCACUGACCUCCCCAUUGACCCACUGGAAGAUGGAAAGGGAUCUAAACCAUCAGCAAAAAAAAGGAAAAGAGCACAAACAGCUAACAGAGAGCCAGAACUCCAACUGAACUCUGAAAUGGGUUCCGACGAUGAUGAUGGUAGCUCCUACUAUGUGUUGCGCUACAACCUGAGAAACAGAGAUGGACAAAAUGUGACGACUAAUGAACCUACCUGUAGCCCACUGAGAAACUCAGUUCCCACCGAGCUUAAUCAGACAGCUGAUGUUAGCCCACCUGUGAGGGAGAGACAGUUAAUGUACAAGGGUGAAAUGUCCACAGGGACUGUAAGAGAGCCAGAGGAAAGUGAACUAGGGCAGCAGGAUGAGCAUCAGGACAUUGAGUUGAACACUGAGAGUGAGGAGGAGGUACAGUCGAGGGCUGAAGAGUCAGAUGUUGCCAGGUCUUCCCCCAGAAGUGAAAGUGAGACUGAGCAAUCUCACCAGGAAAAGAGAGCAGUUGUACCUAGACAGACACAUAACACUGAGGGACAGAUGGUCAGGAGGUCUGCUAGAGAAAGGCGGCCAGCAACACAGUUCACUUACAACAUGUUCGGUCAACCCUCUUUUCAGACACGUCCGUCAGUCCGUAGUGUAGAAGUUACUGAAAUACCGAACAUGACAUUUUGGGGCGUGCAGCCAUACCCCAUGACACCUUAUUCCAUACCAGUGUCCUACUACCUACCCUCGGCAUAUUUACCACAUCCGUAUGUAAUGUCAGGAGGUCAGGCUAGGCCCAUGUACAUUAGUUAAGAGAUUUAAGAAAUGCACUUUGAGUUUCAUGUGUUUGAAGUAAUAAGAUAAAGGUCAAAUGUCAGGAGCCAUUUUUCUUUUGUUGGGGAGUGUGUGACGCCUACAAAUGUAUGGUCACAAUUGUUUGGUUGUAGUAUUUUUUGAUAAGUAUUUGAUUAGUCAGCAUGAAUGUCUGUGUUUGUUUUAUUUAUUAUUUUCUGACACCCAAGUUGUGUGAUUUAUAUUGAAGAUAGAAAGUAAACAGAAACAGUAUUGGGUCAGCAGGUGGCAGUGUAGUCCACCGUCUGAAGGUUUUGUGCGCAUGCCCCGUUUCCUUUCAGAGCUGAGAGGACUCGGUGAAAAGCAUUAACAGUUUCACUGUCUCUGUUCCUUACCAACCACUUAACCUGUUUUCCAGGUGAGUAAUGGUCAUGAAAUCAUGCAAAAAUGUGUUAUUGGGUGGGUAAAGUGCAGCGUGUAUUGUGUGUUGAUUUCUGUUAAACGUGAGUGUGGAACGAGUGAAAGGAAAAGUUUCUCUUGGCUUAGUGAAACCGUGUGUCACUUAAUGGCGACUUUUCCAUGUGCAAGAUUGUGUUAGAGCCUUCCCCAAAGGUCCAGACAUUGCAUUGUUUAGUUAGUUUUAAUGGGAUUACUUCAGAAUUUUGUACAUAUUUAAAGAACACUUGGCCAUAUGGGUAAACGAUUCUGUUUAGAUAGUGCAACUGCACAUGAGUUUUAUAGAACAUUAUUACUACUGUUUGUAAGUCCUGUUGGUGUAUCUAGACACCUUUAUAAUUUUGCAUUAGACAUGUAUGGAAAUUAAGAACCAAAAGAUGUUGGACAGAGUUAAUGUAGAGGGAAGGAGGCACAGUGAUUUUGUGAUUUAUCUGUUUAAGCAUUGGUAUUUGUAUGAUGUUUAGACUUGAACGUGAAUAUGCUUUUGAAGUUAUGAACAGAAAAAACAUGUCUGAAUAUAAUGACUGUGUAUACAGAAGAAGGGGAAACAGUGACAUACUGAGGUGGUGAAUAUACAGUAUUUAUUGCUGGGUAUAACAAAAGAAAUGGGACAAAACAGACAGUAUUAAUGUUGUUAGUGAAUUGAUUAUGAUAUUUGUUCAUGUAAAUAAACAGAGCUGAGAGGACUCGGUGAAAAGCA